AUGGACGCGACCAACGUGCUCGAAUCCCGCUACAUCGGCAGCCGAUGCCCCAGCGGCUACUACUACAGCAACGGAUACUGCUACCGCAGCAGCUGGUAUAGCUGGGGUCGCUGGGUCCUCGUCGGCGUCCUCAUCUUCUUCGCCCUCGUCUUCCUCUUCCUCUGCAGCUGCUGCGCUCGUCGCCGCGCGCGCAAGGGCGCCAAGCCCAUCUACGGCACCGGCUGGAUGGGCGGCAACAACAACAACCAAAACACCUACAACCAGGGCUACCCUCAGCAGAGCUACCCUCAGCAGGGCUACCCCCAGCAGGGCGGCUACGACUACAACCAGCAGCAGGGCUACCAGCCGCCCAACUACAACAGCCAGCAGCCCCAGAACACGGGCACCACGUUCAGCCCCAACGACGGCUACUACGGAAACCAGCAGCAGCACCAGUACGGCGCUCCCCAGCAGCCGCCCAACACGUACCAGCCCGAAGGCGGCUAUGCACCUCCCCCCGGUCCUCCUCCCACCAAAUAG